AUGACCACGAUCGCCUCCGAAUACGGAAACGAAAACAAUUCAGUUCCUAUCGAACACAGGUUCAAUCCUUACUCAGACAACGGUGGUACCGUUCUCGGGAUUGCUGGUGAAGACUUCGCCAUUUUGGCAGGUGACACCAGAAUUGUUUCUGGCUACAACAUCGACUCGCGUUACGAACCAAAGGUGUUCGAUGUUGGCGACAACAUCGUAAUGACUGCCAAUGGGUUUGCCGCCGAUGGCGCUGCGUUGAUUGACAGAUUCAAGUCUGCUUUCAAGUGGUACAAGUUUGAUAACAACAACAAGAAACUCACGAUCCAAUCGGCUGCUCGCUAUAUCCAGCACUUGUUGUAUGGUAAGAGAUUUUUUCCCUUCUAUGUCAGCACGCUAAUUGCUGGUUUGGAUGAGGAAGGUAAGGGUGCUGUGUAUUCGUAUGAUCCUGUGGGUUCAUAUGAGAGAGAACAAUGUCGUGCGGGAGGUGCUGCUGCAUCUUUGAUCAUGCCUUUCCUUGAUAACCAGGUCAACUUUAAAAAUCAAUUCGAGCCUGGCUCCGAUGGCCGUGUCAAGAAGCCUUUGAGAUACUUGUCUUUGGAAGAGGUGCUAGCUUUGGUAAGAGACGCUUUCACCUCUGCCACUGAGAGACACAUUCAAGUGGGUGACGGUUUAGAGGUGUUGAUUGUUACAAAAGAUGGUAUUAAGAAGGUCUACUACCCAUUGAAGAGAGAUUAG